ACGUGCUCUGCCGUCCAGAAGCCGUUUGGUUUCCUGCCGGUUGAAGUGGGAGCGAAGCUGAAACCUUUCUUGCUGUCAAAAAAACUAAGAUAGCGAACUAAGACAGCUAUAUUCACAUUGAAAAGGCAUCGUCGAGAUGGGAACCCGGGAUGAUGAGUAUGAUUAUUUAUUCAAAGUGGUGCUGAUCGGAGACUCUGGCGUGGGGAAGAGUAACCUGCUGUCCCGAUUCACACGGAACGAGUUCAACCUGGAGAGCAAGAGCACCAUCGGCGUGGAGUUCGCCACCCGGAGCAUCCAGGUGGACGGGAAGACGAUAAAGGCCCAGAUCUGGGACACGGCGGGACAGGAGCGCUACAGAGCCAUCACCUCAGCGUACUACCGAGGGGCAGUGGGGGCCCUGCUGGUGUACGACAUCGCCAAGCACCUGACCUACGAGAACGUGGAGCGCUGGCUGAAGGAGCUGAGAGACCACGCCGACAACAACAUCGUCAUCAUGCUGGUGGGCAACAAGAGCGACCUGCGCCACCUGAGGGCCGUGCCCACCGACGAGGCGCGCGCCUUCGCAGAGAAGAAUAACCUGUCCUUUAUUGAGACAUCAGCGCUGGACUCAACCAACGUAGAAGAGGCUUUCAAGAACAUUCUCACAGAGAUCUACCGCAUCGUGUCACAGAAGCAGAUCGCCGACCGGUCGGCACACGACGAGUCUCCGGGCAACAACGUAGUGGACAUCAGCGUUCCGCCCACCACCGACGGGCAAAGAGGCAACAAACUGCAGUGCUGUCAGAACCUGUGACCCCGUGACCCCGUGACCCCUGACCCCUAACCCCCAUCAGGAGCCAGUCCCUCCCCUCCUCCCCUCCUCCCCUCUCGUGCCCUCACACCAUUCAUCUCCGCUUUGCCCCUGUGUUGUGCUGCUGCUGCUGCUUUCUCUUCACCCCCCUCCCGUGUUUUCAGUGGAAAUUCUUCCUGGUUUCUGAAGCUGUAACUUUAUGGCAAACAUUCCUAUCUCCUUUUUUUUUUUUUUUCCCUGUACCUUUUCAGUUUUGCGACCCCUUUUUUUUUUUUCUCCCCAACCUGAACAUUUCCUCUCUUAUUUUUGUUUUGUUUGUUUGUUUUAAACUGUGACAAGAUUUUACUUCGGCGCUGGGAAGUUGUGUUGGCACUGAUCAUGUGACCCGCUCUUAUGGAAGGGAUGGUGAGGGAUCAGUCUCUCAGGCGGCCGUGUCGCUCAGCCAGCUAACACCAGACUGUUCUCAUGGAGUUAUUGGAACGCUUUGUCGAUAUUAUAACAUUGCCACAACAUUGCGAGAACGUUUUGUGUUGGCUGGGCACUCGCAUUACCUGGGCUCUUAGCAGGGCGUGAAAUGAGCCAGAAUUGUAGGGAUCCAAGUAGAAUUACACAAUGGCUGACUUGCACGUGUGUGUGUGUGUGUGUGUGUGUGUGUGUGUGUGUGUGUGUAUGUGUGUGUGAGGUUGGCUAAUUAAUUGUCUUGUUGGGAUCAGAUACCAAAGGAAGGCUGCAUUCAUUUGUGGUCGGUCUCAUCAGAACAGUAAGCUGUCAAAACGACAAGUGGAUGUGACAUUUCUAAUUUCACUGUCUUCUGUUAUCAGUAAUAGUCCCCGGAUAUGCGCUCUUUAACCUUUUAAUAAGAGUUCCUGUUUCCUCUGCAGUCAGUUUACAUUAUCGGAUGGAUCUUUCUUACUAUCUUACUGCAACAGAAACGGUAGUCCUGCCAAUCAAAUUUUGUUAGUACUAUCUUAAAAUAAUGUAUACCACACGUGUUGAAAAAUGCCUUGUUAAACAAACAACUAAAGAUUGUGUUGACAAGUUAGCCUUUAUAUGAGUAAAAAUAAGUCCGGUUUUGCAUAUGGAGAAGCAGUGUUGUCGAAGGGUGCAAUCCUCAGUUUCUUAUCAAGAAGAUUUCUCCAUCACGAUUGCCAGUGCUGCUUAUUUGUGGGAAGACAUGACUUUAGCAAAAGUUUUUAAAUGCCUUAUGUUCUCUCCAGCUGGUAGAAAUGCUUUUUGGGGCGUUCCUGCAAGUAAUUUCCUGUCACACACCCGACAACUUGAACCUUCACCGUUCGGUUAAUUUGUUCAUUAUCAGAUACCAAUGAAAUUGUACCAAACUUGAGUUUUUCCUUUUGAUCGGCAAACAAAUGUUCGAACACUAUUCAUUCUGAGUCCCUGAGCUUCUUACUUAAUAAUACUAAAUUUCACGCCCUGCAAACACUUGCAUAUGUCAAAGUUCAGGUUACAUUGUAAAAUUGUAUCCUUUUUUUUAUCAGCGAAUUAUGGGGUAGUAUAUGGUUGCCCUUUUGCUCUUUUGCAUGUUAAUACUCCCUUGUAAAGUAUAUUAGACUCAUGAUUUAAUAUAGCAAGUUUACUAUGGAAGCAAUACCUAUCACGUUAAUGUAUAUAACCUCUCUCUAACGUUAGCUACAGUCUCUUAAUUGGUUUACAAGGUCUGAGCUUUUGGCAUGAUCUUAUGAAGAGACGGCUUGUGGCCUUGUUGAAACAUUUCAGAAACCACAAGUAUUCUGGUAUUUCCUAACAAACAAACUGAUCUUGAAACAGACACUCAGAACGCAUAGAAAUGCAAUGCUUAGAAUGUUGUGCAAUUCAUAGAGAAGCUAUGCUUGUACGCGAGAAUAAUCAAAUGUCUUUAUUCUUCAUAGGUCACAUAAAAAAUAGUACCGUUCUUUAUGUGGUCCGAAGAAGGAAAACCGUUACGUAUAUUCAGCCAAUACUAUUAGGCAGUUUAUUACAGCCUAGAUUAAACAUUUCUGAAUGUGAACCUUUUCAUUUUUGUAUGCUUGAUCACACGACCUCCUCAUAAUGGAUCUUCAUUUCAAGUCAAAAGUAUUCCUAGAAAACUAGUCCUCAGAAUUAGCCAAAUCCCUCGCGUGCAGAAAUGCUGCGUUUGAACUCAAUUACCAUAUUAGUUGAUUUACAGAAAUGACUUUAAUCAUUUUGUUUUGAAAUGUCCACUUGCAACACUGGAAAAUGAUUUUUUUGUGCUUUCUCAUUCACUUCCUCUUUCAGCAAUGGUUUCUGUAUUUUAAGUGCAAUCCACUAUGUAAAUAUAUAUACAUCACUUAAUUUGAGCAUGGUUAAUAUGUAUGGUGGAUAAAUAAGUUGCCAAACAA